UAAUCUGUUACCUCACUUUCUUUGAUUCAAUUAUCAAUCUUCCCAAUGCCUUUGCUUUGCUUUGCUUUGUUACCUUAACCUUUACCCUCUUCAAGACUCUCUCUUCAGUCUUUUCUACAUCACUUCACACCUUUCACACACAGUCUGUCCACUUUCCCAUCUCUUUCUCUCACUUUCAGUUCAGCUCUCUGCUCCUGUCACUAUUCAUUGCUUCAAACAAAGGUGAGUUUUUAUCCCCGUAAGCUCCUCCACAUUUGAUUUUAAAGGUCACUUUGUUGUUGUUGUAAAGAUGUUGUGUGCUUUUGUUGUGUUGGUGCUUGUUCUCUGCAACUUCAAUGGUUUUGUUGAGUCUUUGAAUAGUGAAGGCUAUGCUCUUUUGUCAUUUAAGCAGUCCAUUUAUGAGGACCCAGAAGGGUCUUUGAGUAACUGGAACUCUUCUGAUGAAAACCCUUGUUCAUGGAAUGGGGUUACAUGCAAGGAGCAAAUGGUGGUCUCUGUUAGCAUUCCAAAGAAGAAGCUUUAUGGCUUUCUUCCUUCUUCUUUAGGCUCUCUUUCUGAUCUUCGCCAUGUUAAUUUAAGGAAUAAUAAGUUUUUUGGAAGUGUUCCUACUGAGCUCCUUGAAGCUCAGGGGCUACAAAGUUUGGUCCUUUAUGGGAAUUCUUUCUCUGGGCCUUUGCCAAAUGAGAUUGGCAAGCUUAAGUACCUUCAAACUUUAGAUUUAUCACAGAACUUCUUUAAUGGGUCAUUGCCUACGUCAAUUGUGCAAUGCAAGAGAUUGAAAACCCUUGAUCUCAGUCAAAAUAAUUUUACUGGUCCUUUGCCAGAUGAAUUUGGUACUGGCUUGGUUUCACUUGAAAAACUUGAUCUCUCAUUCAAUAACUUCAAUGGUUCAAUCCCUAGCAACAUGGGGAAUUUGUCGAGUUUGCAAGGAACUGUUGAUUUGUCCCAUAAUUUAUUCAGUGGUUCAAUUCCAGCUAGUUUAGGAAAUCUUCCCGAGAAGGUUUAUAUUGAUCUAACUUAUAACAAUUUGAGUGGACCAAUACCCCAAAGUGGUGCUCUAAUGAAUAGAGGACCAACAGCAUUUAUCGGGAAUCCGGGUCUCUGUGGAACGCCAUUGAAGAACCCAUGUUCUGAUGCCUCAAGUGCAAAUUCACCAUCCUCAUAUCCAUUUUUUCCUAACAAUAACCCUCCUGACAAUGUGGAUGAUGAUGGUGGAAAGAUUGGGAAAGGAAAAGGGCUAAGUAAGAGUGCUAUAGUUGCUAUAAUAGUGAGUGAUGUAAUUGGAAUUUGCCUUGUUGGGCUGUUGUUCUCGUAUUGUUAUUCGAGGGUUUGUGGCCAUGGCAAGGGUAAAGAUGAAAUUAGUUAUGGUUUUGAGAAGGGAAAGAAGGGAAGGAAAGAGUGUUGUUGCUUUAGGAAAGAUGAAUCUGAGACGCUAUCAGAGAAUGUUGAGCAGUAUGAUCUUGUGCCACUCGAUACACAGGUGGCUUUCGAUUUGGAUGAACUGCUUAAGGCCUCAGCUUUUGUUCUUGGAAAGAGUGGAAUCGGGAUUGUCUACAAAGUUGUUCUUGAAGAUGGGCUAACCUUAGCUGUGAGAAGAUUGGGUGAAGGCGGGUCUCAAAGGUUCAAGGAAUUCCAGACGGAAGUUGAAGCAAUUGGAAAGCUAAGGCAUCCUAAUAUUGUAACCCUCAGAGCUUAUUACUGGUCAGUUGACGAGAAACUCCUCAUCUACGAUUACAUACCCAACGGAAGCCUUGGCGCUGCACUUCACGGGAAGCCAGGAAUUGUACCGUUCACACCGUUAUCUUGGUCAGUUCGGUUGAGAAUAAUAAAAGGGAUUGUAAAAGGCUUGGUUUAUCUUCAUGAAUUUAGUCCCAAAAAGUAUGUCCAUGGCGAUUUGAAGCCAAGUAAUAUUCUGCUUGGACAGGACAUGGAACCACACAUAUCUGACUUUGGACUUGGACGCCUUGCUAAUAUUGCUGGUGGGUCACCAACCCUACAAUCUAAUCGAAUUCCUGCAGAGAAACCUCAAGAAAGGCAGUCAAGGAGUGUAUCUUCGGAAGUUACUACAACCAAUUCGUCAAGUAACCUGGGGUCUUAUUAUCAGGCCCCAGAAGCACUCAAAGUGGUGAAGCCAUCACAGAAAUGGGAUAUCUACUCCUUUGGGGUGAUCUUACUAGAAAUGAUUACUGGAAGAACACCAGUUGUCCAUGUGGGAUCUUCUGAAAUGGAUCUUGUACACUGGAUUCAGCUCUGCAUUGAAGAGCAAAAGCCACUCGCGGAUGUUUUAGACCCAUAUUUAGCACCUGAUGCUGAACGGGAAGAAGAGAUUAUUGCGGUUCUAAAGAUUGCAAUGGCUUGUGUACAUAGCAGCCCUGAAAGGAGACCUACAAUGCGGCAUAUCUCCGAUGCUUUGGACAGAUUGGUUAUUUCCAGUGACUAAAAAUCUCUUAAAGCAAAGAAUCCUGAGCCUCGGUGAUUCAUGAACUAAUCUUAGAUACACGGAAACAGAAUAGAGGCAUUGCGAGCGAGAGAUUGAUGAAUGAAUGGUUGUACUACAACUGAACAUGUCUAGCAUAUUAUGCAAGAUGUUUAUGAAAGAAAUGUGUUCAUCUUUUUUUUUUUUUUUUGUGGUAGAUAAAUGUGUUCAUCUUUUUAUUAUUUGAUGUAGAAUUUUCUUCUUUAUUAUUAAAUAUGAGCUAGAUGAAUGUAGGCCUGCCAUAAGAGCUUGCCAUGAGAGAUUCCAACUGCUCUAGCAUAUAUAUGUGAAGAGGAGUUGUCUUCUUCUUCUUGCUCUUAUUGCAGACCUUUUGUUUUGCUUGGGCAAAGAAGUUCCUAUA